CUCAUUUUGCCAAUCUGUUCUUCUGUUAUACAACUUUGACCCCCGUCAUUCCGCUCUGUUUCACUCGAAUUUCACUCCUUCUCGAGUUCCGGAAGGAAGUCAGUCUUUACCGCAAAAUGGCUUGCUCAAGGAGCAGUCUACUUCACAUUCUUUUUGUUUUAUGCCUUAUGACUUCUCUCAUUACACCUGUCUCCUCCACCCCAAUCGCGCGCGACACCGUCGUAUAUGAUGUGGUUAUUUACGGCAACACGGUCGCUGGAUUGGCAGCUGCAGUACAAACAAGACGCAUGAACAGGACGGCGGUGAUCAUCACUCCAGGAAGCACUCUUGGCGGCCUCACCACCUCGGGCCUCAGCUGGACGGAUAAUAAGAACGGGAAUUCCAUUGGCGGCAUCGCCAGAACAUUCUACGGAAAAAUCUUCACCUAUUACCAGGGCACCAGCGCGUGGAAAUACGAGACACGAUCGAACUACAUAUCGAAGAAUAUUCGCGCCCAGCCGGGUAUGGCCAUCGAGGAGAGCAAGAAAGUGCAGUGGACCUUCGAGCCGAAAGUUGCGGAGAGUAUAUGGGAGAGAUGGAUCAAGGAUUGGAAGGUGCCGGUCUUUCGGAACAAAGCCAUUGACCGUUCUGGGAGCGGAGUGACCAAGAACGGGACGACUAUCACGUCCAUCAGAACACAAGAUGGAUCCAUCUUUGCCGGAAGAAUGUUUAUCGAUGCUAGCUAUGAGGGCGACUUUAUGGAGGCGGCAGGGGUUCCGUAUCGCACAGGACGCGAAGGUCAAGACGAAUUCAAUGAAUCAGCGGCAGGAAUUUCCGUCAAUGGCGCCAACCGACUUUCCAACAUCGACCCGUACAUUGUGAAGGGGGAUUCGAGUAGCGGCUUGAUCGCAGGGAUCCAGCAAGUCUUCGCCGAUCCCGUGGCGGUCAAGGGCAAGUCAGAUCCUUACAGCCUCCAGUCAUACAACUACCGAUUGAGCCUGACGAAAGUGGCCAGCAACAAGAUAGCGUUCUCCAAGCCUGCUAGCUACAAUGAGUCCGCCUACGAAAUCCUUUUCCGCUACAUCGAGUCAGGCUACACAGGCCCUUUCUUCACGACUCAGCUUAUGCCGAAUAACAAGACGGAUUCCAAUGCAGCUGGCCAGGUCAGCACGGAUCUCAUUGGAGGGAAUCACGGUCCUUCGUCCAACUACGUGGAGGACUCGUAUCAGCAACGCCAAGAUACUAUCCUUGCGCACAAGGUCUACGCGCAGGGCUUCCUCUGGACACUGGCAAACCACCCACGUGUACCACAGUCGAUCCGCACGAAUAUCGGCGCUUGGGGCUAUUCCAAGGAUGAGUUCGUCAAGAACGGCAACUGGCCGUACGAGAUGUAUCUCCGGGAAGGCCGGCGCAUGGUCGGCGGUUACACCAUGAAGCAAAGUGAUGUCCAGCAGCCGGGGUCCUUUCAGAACGACAGUGUCAUUGGCAUGGGCUCAUAUUACCUAGACGUGCACCAAGUGGAGCGCGUACUUGUUAAUGGGCGGAUCUACGAUGAGGGACUCGUACAUAUUGUUACCUCUGCGCCGUUUGCCAUCCCAUUCAACGCCAUCGUCCCGAAUGCAAGCGAUGCGACAAACUUUCUCAACCCAGUAACCAUGAGUAGCACACACAUUGCAUAUUCAGCCCUCCGCAUGGAGCCAACAUAUAUGAUCUUGGGUCAGAGUGCUGCGACAGCGGCGAUCAUGGCGAUCCAGCAGGGUGUUAACAUACAAGAUGUUGACCGUACGAAUCUAACAGCAAGGCUAGUAGCAGACAAACAGGUUUUGAAGCUCUAGUAUCCUUGGCUUUCACUUUUUUUUAUAGCAUCGCCGAAAACAAUUAGACAAUUUCUUAAUUAUGUGAAAAUAGAUCAGUACCUUAAGGCUUUAUUUUUAGAUGAAUAUCUGUGACACUCCUGUCUGGUCGAGGCCAUGUGCUUUAAUUUGCUUUUGUUAGCAAUGCAAUCAACAAUAACAGGAAAAUAGUACAAGCUUUCUCGGGGAAUGCAGACAU